CGGGAAGAAGAGGCAAGCGACUGUAUCGAUUGCGGAAGAGAACAAGCAUUGCUGCUGCUGGAAAGAGCUGGACUGGACGAAGAGACUGUCAGAAAGACAAUAAGUCCAAAAUCAGAUUCUGAUGCUCACACUCGAUCACAAACAAUAAGGUCGUCUUCAAAGUCGUAGUCUUCACUCGAAUCUGGUUCAUAAUCCGACCUAGGAAGGAUAGCGGAGACGUCAUCAUCCGGUGCCAUGUCCACGCCGGAGCUCGAAUGAUCAUUCGCUAUGAUGUCAGAGAUGUUGUGCAACAUGGGAGAGGAGACUGAUUCGGGGGGUGUCGCAGAGAACAAUAAGACGAAGUGGGUGGGCUUAAGUAGGAAGAAGAAGGAGAGUUGCUGUGCGGCGCUUUAACAUGCCGCAGGUGUGUGUGCUUUGGCCGUGCUUUGACUAUGGCCGCCCCGCAUUGACUCACAGCAUAUCACACCACGUGCUGUUUCGAUAGGGAUUGUUUUGCAGGCUUCAGAGCGUGCAUGACAAUGAGGCGGGCUGCCGUGAUGCGGGCUGAGUCGUAUCAUACGCAACCAGAAAUCGACAAAGUUUGCAAUGACCUUUAGCGCCUCAAGAAACAUCGACAGAGCGUCAGCGCAAGCGCAGAGUGCCUGGAAAUGACGAGGUUGUCCAGAUGCAAAGCGAAGUUUGAUAUCAUCACGCAUCGCUUUUGAUGUCAAACAUCGCUUGGUGAAGCCUGAUCCGAGGUCAUCACUGCAGAUAAGAUUGAUUGUCUUCCGUCAUCGAGAUCAAUGUCGCCUCAUCCUCAUUCGUCCGUCCCGCGAUGUCGCCUCCACCAGUCUCGCACAGAUUUCUCAGAUACCGCAUUCUCUCCGAUGCUACCCACAGACCUCGCAUCGGGCUCGUCGACACCGCCGAAACGACUGUGACGGAAGUGCUUGGUUACCUCGACCUCUUCAGGCUCAUCGAAGCCCAUCCGCAUCUCGCAGCAGAUCACAAGUUCGAAACGGGAGACACAACGCAAAUGGAGGAUCUGGAGGUGCUUGCACCGCUUCCUGGAAGGGAUGUCUUGUGUAUCGGCAAGAACUACAAAGCGCACGCGGCGGAAUUCCACCUCAGCGGUUUCGACAGCUCGGAUAAGAACGAACAGCCUGAUUUCCCCGUGUUCUUCACCAAGCGCGCGACGUCGAUCAUCGCAUGCGGCCAGCCGAUAUACACACACCCCGAGGUCACUUCGAGUCCGGACUAUGAGGGUGAGCUGGGGAUCAUCAUCGGGAAGGCAGGACUUGGAGUGACGAAGGAGGAUGCUUGGCAUCACGUCUGGGGAGCGGUCAUCAUCAACGAUGUCACUGCAAGAGAGAGACAGCGCGACCACAAGCAGUUCUACAUCGGGAAGAGUCUGGAUACCUUCUGUCCAAUGGGCCCAUACGUCGUCCCAGCCUCAUCGCUCUCUUUCCCCGAACUUCACCUGACGACGCGUGUCAAUAACGAAGUGCGACAAUCGCAGAACACCUCUGAGCUUAUCUUCGAUGUCCCCACUCUCAUCGCUACGGGCUCAAUGGGAAUCAGUAUCCAACCAGGAGACGUGAUAGCGACAGGCACUCCAGUGGGCGUUGGGAUGGGCAUGGAUCCGAAAGUGUGGCUCAAAGACGGGGACGUGGUCGAGGUGGAGAUCCCACCCCUGGGCCGCCUGUGGAAUCCAGUCACCAGUCAAAAGCCGGCCGUCAGAUCGUUGCGUGACGAGAUCAAUUGAGACUACAUAGCAAGUACGAACCGCUUGUGUAACUACUAGAUGACAGUCGGGGUCGCCGCUGCCGCAAUGACGACUGUGUUCCAAGGCGCACCGGGAUACGCUACCUCGUUGACGGCAGCGGGCCACGUCGAAUCAUCGUAAUUCGGCUGCUCCCAGCCCUGGCCGAUGGUAUCAAGCGUCGACACCCAUGUCUGGUCGCUCGUCACCCACGCACUCGCUGUGCAGUUCGCCCGGCCAGUGGGUACCAUGCUAACCACCGCCUCGAUGAUGACGCCCGCGGCCGUAUUGGCGCCGACGUUCGUCGCCAGCACCGCAAACACGACCUUGGGCGGCGGAUUGGCGAACUGGACCACCCAGUGCUGUGCCGUGCGAUGGUCUGUGCCAUUACCCACAAGCACGCCAUUGACCCACAGUGAGUACCGGUCGUCGGCUGUGAUGAUCACAUCCACCGACGCCGGACGCUGGUUCGGUGCCGGCGUGAAUGUGCGCCGAAAUGCACGCUGGCCCGCGGGGAGCAGGCCAUUCGAGGGGACCGCGUUCGUCCAGAUCCAGUUCCCGCGGUCGAACGUCAGAACAGGCGGCGUCGACGCGAUAUUCACUUCCGCCCACGGCUGGGCACCGUACGCGCCAAGCACGCUCGCCGUAGUCCAGACGGUGUCGUCAAACUCCGGGGCCGCCCAGCCAGCGGGAAAGGUCGGCGACACGCGCCAGGACGGGUCCGUGAUGAGCAGGGACUUGGAAAAGUCCUGGUACGUCACGAGAAUCGUGGCGAUCAAGGCGCCGGAGUUGGUAAUCGUCGUCGCGUUCACAGCAAACACGUUGUAGCUCGGGUCCAGGUCGACGCAGUACCGCGGGGCAAACCGGAGACGAGACGGGGGUGUGCCGGAUCCGACGAAGUCGCCGUUGACGAACAGCUGGAAGUCGGUGUUCGCCGCGAGGAUGAUCUCAGCCGCGAUGAGCGAUCGGCCGCGAGGAGGGGAGAAGACCUUGCGGAGGGCAGCGUUGAGAUUGGUCGUAGGAGGAGUCCAGAUCCACUUGGAGUUCUUGAAAUCGAUAGCAGAGCUGUCGCGGGCUGCUAGUUCCAUCGCUGGCCGAGACUAAGUGAUCUGAUGCGGGAGGGUCAAGAAACUCUUACCGCUGACUACAAAGCCACCGAGCGAGAGAAGGACGACAAAGAAAGGAAUCAUCUUCUGUAAUGCUAGGCUGUGGUUGGUCCCAGCACCACUCGGUAGAUUUGGUCACAUACCGUUCACCAUUGCCACAUGUAUAGGUGGUGCGUGUAUACUCUGCCAUCC